AUGGCUCAACCUAAUCACACCAACGUCUACACAGGACCAGAUUCAGUCAGGAAUUACUUCGACCCUGAUGUUGCCCCGCCGUUGCCACUGGUCGAGGUACCCGAAGCCUUGAACCCCUAUCGCCAACAUGGCGUCCGCAUAUACGCCAAGAUGAUGUCGAUGCAUCCUGCGAACAACGUCAAGGCCAUGCCAGCGCUUAAUCUGCUUCAAAAUGGGGUUGUUCCAGGAAAGACAGAGACCAUCGUCGAGUACAGCUCUGGCUCGACAGUUAUCUCCAUGUCACUGGCUUCUCGAGUUUACUACGGUGUACCCGAAGUUCGAGCAUUUCUCAGCAACAAGACAAGUCAGGCCAAGCUGAGAUUGAUGCAGUUCUUUGGUCUGGACAUUACCCUCUUCGGAGGCCCUUCUCAACCUGAGCCUCUAGACCCACGAGGUGGUAUUUGCGCCGCAAGAAACAUGGGCAACGACAAGGGCACGGCACUCAACCCGAACCAAUACGAAAAUGACGAUAACUGGAAGUCCCACGUACGGUGGACUGGACCCCAAAUCUUCAAGCAAUUGCCUCAAAUCUCUCUCAUUUGCGCAGGAAUGGGUACUUCUGGGACUCUCACCGGUCUUGGAACAUACUUCAAGCAAGCUAAGCCGUCGGUAUACAGGCUGGGUGUCUGCACCGCACCUGGUGACCGUGUUCCUGGCCCUCGUUCCUACGCUCUUCUUCAACCCGUCGAGUUUCCCUGGAGAUCUGCAGUCGACCACGUCGAGCAUGUCGGCUCUCAACAAUCAUAUUCUCUCUCGUUGGACCUGUGCAGACAAGGUCUCAUCGCCGGCCCGUCCUCUGGUUUCAACCUGCAAGGCCUUUACCAGUUCCUUGACAAGCGCAUCGCGGCAGGCAGUAUGAAAGAAUUAGCCGACGAGUCUGGAGAGAUACACUGUGUCUUUGUCUGCUGCGACUUGCCUUACCAGUACAUCGACGAGUACUUUGCGAAAUUGGGGCCUGAGCACUUCCCUGCAAUCCACAACGAGAACCUCACAAAGGUUGACCUUCACCGCUAUGAUGAGGCAUGGGAAAAGACUGCAACUGAAGUCUUCAUGCAAAUACCGUUCGCGAGCGUUAUUCAGACCAACGAUACCCAUUUGCCGAGCACGCCACGCUACGUCGACACCAGCAGCGCUGCUCUUAUCCCCCGUCUUCCAAACACCAUCAUCGUUGACCUAAGAGACCGCGAAGACUACCAGAAACACCACGUCGCAGGUUCUGAGAACAUUCCAGUCGUCGAGUCCAGUGACUGGAAGCCGUUUUCGGACUCAAAGAUUCUCGAAAAGCUAUGGCUCGAGCUGGAGGCGACAUUUGACUCGAACACAGACGUCGGCAAACAGCUGGAAGAACAUCGACAAAAGCCUAUCCUCGUUUUGUGCUACGACGGCGACAGCGCUAGGGUCGCCACCAGUGUCCUGCGUGCAAAGGGCUUCGAGGCCGACAGCGUUCGAGGAGGCUUCAAUGCUUUGGAAGAGCUGGAGAGAACUACCACACCUACCUCGGCGGCUUGUUCUAAGGACAUGCCCGUCACUUCGAGUGUUGAAGAGUUGGUUGGUCAUUGCCAGCCGUAUCUUCAGCUGGUGUGA